CCGAAACCGGGCCGGUGCCGCAGGUGCGCCGCACGACCACAAAUGGACGCGCCGCCGCGCCGCGCCCCGCCGGAGGCGUUGCGGAACGAGACCGCCCGCAGCCGCGCCAUCGCCCACUUCGCGGCCUACUGGCUCUUCCUCCUCUUCAUCCUCGCGGCCGUCUUCACGCCGCGCUACACGCGGCACUUCUACAGGCAGACCGCCGCCGUGCGGGAGCCCCUGCUGCGGAACGAGAUCCUGGACAACGUGUUCCUCGAGAACGCCAUGAGCGCCGAGCAGGUCUACCUCGCGCUCGAGACGCUGCUUGUGCCGCACGCGUUCCAGGAUCGCUACUACGCCGGCCUCGUGCCGGGGUCCGUGGACGCGCGGGGGCGCUACGGGCGCGGGCAGGCCUUCUCGCGCGACGACAAGACGCUGAAGUACCGCCCGCGCUACACGGCCAUGGCCCUGCUCGCGCUCGGGCGCGUGCGCCUGCGGCAGCUGCGCGUGCGGGCGGACGGCGGCGCGGCGUGCCGGGCUCCCGGGUUCCUGAAGGCAUUCUACGCGACGCACGCCGGCGCCGGCGCGCCGGCGCGGUGCUUCGCACGCUACUCGCGCGCGGACCAAGACGCGGGCGACCUGGCGCUGCGCGACCCCGCGGACGGGGCGGACCUGGCGCUCGAGUACCGGGCCUCCAGCGACGGCGGGGGGUGGGUGUCGCCUUACUCGAAGGUGGACUACGGGCCGGGCGGCCAGGUCAAAGACCUGCGCGUGGGCGCACGGCUCGCGCGCGAGGAUCUGCGCCAGCUGCGGCGCGCGGGCUUCGUGGACAACGCCACGCGCGCCGUCUUUGCGGACAUGAGCUGGUACAACCCGAACGUCGACAUGUUCACGCACGCCCGCCUCGCGUUCGAGUUCCUGCCCGCGGGCAAGGUGCGGCCGACCGUCGCCGUCGACUCGGCGCCCCUGCUGCACGACCAGCGCGCGUUGAAGGGCGAGCCGCCCUACGCGCCGCGCGACCGCGCGGCCGUGCUGCUGGAGAUCGCGCUCUACUUGAUGAGCUUCUGGUACCUCGUGCGCGUGACCGAGGACGUCACCGACUACGCGUCGCUCAAGGCCUACCUCGCCGUCGGCUGGAACGUCGCCGACGUUGCCAGCGUGGCGUGCUUCGUCGUCGCCCUGGUCAUGCGCGUCGUCACUUAUUUAAAGAUGUUGAUGGGCCACGUCAACACCUUCAGCGAGGACGUGGCCGCCGACCAGCACGCGGACCUCGGCGGCGCGGCGAGCUACGACAAGUACAUCCGGCUGCGCCUCACGUUCCAGUACUACCGCUACGGCCGGAACUUCCUCGCGGCGGGCGUCCUCGUGAACUUCGUCAAGGCCUUCAAGUUCCUGAGCGUGUCGCGGCAGCUGUCGCAGUUCACGCGGACGAUCUACGUCGUGUCGGCCGAGAUGCUCAACGUGCUGCUGAUCCUGGCCAUCGUCCUCGUGGGCUUCGCGAUCGCGUUCCACGUGCUGCUCGGCCACGCGAUCGCCAAGUACCGGACGUUCUCCGACGCCGCGAUCACGCUGCUGCUGGUCGUGUUCGGGGACUUCGACCUGGAGGAGAUCAUCGCCUUCGCGCCGCUGCUGGGCGUGGCGCUCAUGCUCACGUUCGUCGUGAUCAUGACGUUCAUCAUCCUCACGAUGCUGCUCAAGAUCGUGGACGUCAGCUACGGCGAGGUGCUGGAGGAGAUAUCGGGGGGCGAGGGGGACCUCGCGCGGGACAUGCGCCUCGCGCUCUACCGCGUCGCCUACGACGCCUACUGGACGGUCCAGAUCCGCUGCACGCUCUGCCGCGCGCGGGGCGCGCUCGCGCGGACCGCCGGCCCGGGCGGGGCGCACGCCCAGAAGCCGCCCGCGCGAGUCGGCGCGGGCCCGCGCGCGCCGCCCGACGGGGCCGCCGCCGCCGAGGAGGCCGCCGCGGCGGUGGCGCCCGCCGACGGCCGGAGCGACCUGCGGCGCGCGCUCGCCAAGCGGGAGGCCCACCUCAAGAAGCGGUCGCGGGCCUUCGACCCGGACGCCGAGCGGAGGCUGCUCGUCGACCACUUCAUACGCGAGGGCAGGGACGUGUUCGAGGGCGACGUGGAGGGGUCGGACGUCGGCGACCGGUUCGCGAAGGUCCUCGGCCAGCAGGCGGCCCUGGCGGAGCUCUCGGGGAAAUUCGCAGAAGUAUCCUAG